AUGCUGCCUCACAAGCACACUCUCGUGGUUGUGGCGGCCACGCUGGCGCUGAUGCUCGCAGCAGCAGAUGCAGAUCUGGCCGCCGAGCGAGCCGCAUUGCUCGCCCUACGUUCUGCAGUCGGCGGCAGAACCCUCUUCUGGAACGCCACCAGGGAGAGCCCCUGCACCUGGGCCGGUGUCCAAUGCGAGCGCGACCACGUCGUCGAGCUCCACCUCCCCGGUGUUGCUCUCUCCGGCGAAAUCCCCGUGGGAAUAUUCGGGAACCUGACCCAGCUCCGCACCCUGAGUCUCCGCUUCAACGCGCUGCGGGGUUCCCUACCUUCAGAUCUGGCGUCGUGCGUGAACCUGCGGAAUCUCUACAUUCAGCGGAACCUGCUGAGCGGCGCAAUCCCAGCGUUUUUGUUUCAGUUACCGGACUUGGUUCGGUUGAACAUGGGCUUCAACAACUUCUCAGGCCCAUUUCCCAGCGGCUUCAACAGCCUAACCCGAUUGAAGACUUUGUUUGUGGAAAACAACCAGCUCUCGGGCCCAAUCCCCGACCUGAGCAAACUCAGUCUGGAUCAGUUCAACGUCUCCAACAACCUCCUCAACGGCUCUGUCCCUCUCAAGCUUCAGACAUUCCCUCAGGAUUCCUUUCUUGGUAACUCCCUCUGUGGUCGCCCACUCUCUCUCUGCCACGGAGAUAUCGCCGAUCCCAUCUCCGUCGACAACAACCCCAAGCCCAACAAUAACACCACCAACCACAAGUUGUCCGGCGGCGCCAUUGCGGGGAUUGUUGUUGGAUCGGUCGUCUUUCUUCUACUGCUGGUCUUCCUCUUCAUUUUCGUGUGCAGGAACAAGACUGGCAAGAAGACCAGCGCUGUCGACAUUGCUACUGUGAAACAUCCUGAGGCUGAGGCCCAGGUUGUUGCUGAGAAAGGAGUUCCGGAUGUUGAGAACGGCGGUCAUGCCAACGGCAAUUCUGCUGUGGCUGUGGCGGCGGUUGCGGCGGGGAAUAAAGCGGAAGGGAACGGUAGUGGGGGAGCGAAAAAGUUGGUAUUUUUCGGGAAUGCGGCGAGGGCUUUUGAUUUGGAGGAUUUGCUCAGGGCUUCGGCGGAGGUCUUGGGUAAAGGGACUUUCGGGACGGCGUAUAAGGCGGUGCUGGAGGCGGGGCCGGUAGUGGCGGUGAAGAGGUUGAAGGAUGUGACGAUUUCUGAGAAGGAGUUUAAGGAGAAGAUUGAGGCGGUGGGAGCUAUGGAUCAUGAGAGUUUGGUUCCUCUCAGAGCUUACUAUUUCAGUAGGGAUGAAAAACUCCUCGUCUAUGAUUACAUGCCCAUGGGAAGCUUAUCUGCACUUUUGCAUGGUUCGUCAGCUUUUCCGUUCAUUCUCUCUUUUCAGUUUUUUUCUAUGCUUUGUUUUCACUCAAUUUCGCCCUUUUCCAGUGCUUGGACAAUCAUUACUUACUGCAAUUGA